GGCCUUCCUUCCGCAGGAGGAGGAGGAGGAAGGUGGCCUGAAGAUGCAGCGGCUGCUGGAGCCGCCCCAGAGAUCGGCUUUCAUGGCUGAAGCCACCGGCUCCUUGGCUUUGCGCUGACGACAUCCGCGCCACUUGCACCACAGGGUGCUCUCUCCCAAGUUGAAGACGUCGCUGGUAACCUGAAGGAUUCAGAUACCCAGAAGGAUAAAUUAAUUGCUGGACGGUAUUUUCAUUUCGUAUUUGCAAUGGAGAAAUACGAAAAAAUCAGCAAGAUUGGCGAAGGCUCCUACGGGGUGGUGUUCAAGUGCCGGAACAGGGACACAGGUCAGAUUGUGGCCAUCAAGAAGUUUCUGGAAUCGGAAGACGAUCCCGUUAUCAAAAAAAUUGCCCUUCGGGAGAUUCGCAUGUUAAAGCAACUGAAACACCCCAACCUGGUCAACCUCUUGGAGGUUUUCCGGAGGAAGAGGAAGCUCCACCUGGUCUUUGAAUACUGCGACCACACAGUCCUCCAUGAGCUGGACAAGAACCCACAGGGAGUCCCGGAGCACCUCGUGAAAAGCAUCACUUGGCAGACACUCCAGGCAGUGAACUUUUGCCACAAGCACAACUGCAUCCACAGAGACGUGAAACCAGAGAACAUCCUCAUAACCAAGCAUUUUGUCAUCAAACUCUGUGACUUUGGCUUUGCUCGCAUCCUCACUGGACCCAGCGAUUACUACACAGACUAUGUGGCCACUCGGUGGUACCGGUCUCCCGAACUGCUCGUGGGGGACACCCAGUAUGGCCCCCCCGUGGACGUCUGGGCCAUCGGCUGUGUCUUUGCAGAGCUGCUGUCUGGCAUCCCUCUGUGGCCGGGGAAAUCGGAUGUGGACCAGCUUUACCUGAUCAGAAGGACGUUGGGGGACCUCAUUCCCAGGCACCAGCAAGUCUUCAGCACAAACCAGUUCUUCAGCGGGGUGAGAGUUCCAGACCCAGAAAGCAUGGAGCCUCUAGAAAUGAAAUUCCCAGGUAUUUCCUACUCGGCCCUCGGACUCAUGAAGGGCUGCCUCCACAUGGAUCCUGCGGAAAGGCUUACUUGCGAGCAGCUCCUGCAGCACCCCUACUUUGACAGCAUCCGAGAGGUUGAGCUGGGGAGGGAAAGAGAGAGAUCCCUCACGCGGAAGCCAAACCGGCCCACGCGGAAGCACAUCCCCGGGUUACAGUACCUGCCCCAGUUAACCAGCAGCAACAUUCUACCUGCUUUGGAUAACAAGAAGUACUAUUGCAGCACAAGGAAACUGAACUACCGUUUCCCAAACAUCUAAAAAAAAAUUAAAGUGUGGGUGUCAUGGCUAAGCCGGAUUUACCGCGGACAGCCUCAGCGCAUUCCCAGCCUUGAAGUGAGCUUGAACGGAGAAAGGGAUAUUAUUCUGUUGGUGCACAAUGGAGCGAGCCGUGAAAUUACCGUGUUAAGAAUGGCAAAGCUUUAGAACGAAAAUCUCUGCUCCGAGAGACAAGAGAGUCGGCUGAAGGUCUGGAAAUUCUUGUGACUCGGCAGAAAAUGCAUCUCUCUGGGACUUUCGGGGGUGGGUUGGGGGCAGGAUAAUUGUGAUUGCAUCAGUUUAGGGUUCUCAAGAGCUCAUCCUGUUUACUGUGUGGGGAGCAGAAAAGUCUGCUGCCUGUUUGGGAGUGGCAGCGGGGGUGGGGGUGGGAUCCAGCUAUGCCAAAUACAUUUCAUUCACAAAAUCCUAUGGUGUCAAAGAAGGAGGGAGAACUUCCGUUCUCAUGUGCAUUUGUAGUUAAUAGCACAGGCUGGUUGAUCCUGCAAGACGCAGUCAAAGAUGCGAAGAGCUCCGAUUCUGUGAAAUCUUGCAUCAAACACAGAUCUCCCAGCAGGGUGGUUAGAAAUCAACGUCUUUCCUCUGCUUUUAAACGUGUAAAUUUCUGUUUGUCUCUUUGGAUGAUCCUUCCUAAUAAUAAUAAUAACCUGGGUUAAAAUGAAACCUCCAUGUAAUAAGCAAGCAUGUUUGCCGAAAUAUAGGAUUCGGUUGCAAGAGAUGGAGACAUUAUCACACAUUAAUAGGACCGGGCGAUGGGAACCCUGACUUUUGAAUUCUAUGGUUAGAAACUAUACAAUUAGUCAUGCUUGUAUUUAUGAUUGUGAGUUUCCUGCUGGACCCUAGAGAUGCUCGAUUGCCCACAUGGUGAUCUGACACUCCCAAUGUUAUGCCCUUCAACUAACUUUGCCCUGCAAAUCCUUCAGUUCUUGGAGUAUCUGGUACUCUGCAAACCCAAGCAGGAUGUGGCCCUUCUAUUUUCCAUCUCCUGGAGAAACACUGCUUUUCCCAGUCCUUGCUGCAGAAACUAUGAUGGAUUCACAGUGGUCCUCUGGACGUUCAGGAACUCCCAUUUCCCAUCAGCUCUACGCAGCCUGGCCAACAGGGUCUUGGCAGUUGUGGCCCCAACAUCUGGCGAGCCACAGUUUUUACCAUCCCAGCUGCAGCUUACUUGGAAAGCCCUACUUUGUUAUUUCUUUAGUAUCCUUGAAUGGAGAAGCAGCAACAACAAAAAAGAAAUCUGACUGUGAAUAGACACAAUUUGGGGCUGUAUAGCCAAAGGUUUUUGGAUUACGCUCCUGGGUUUCACGAAGGUUCUCUGUGUGGUUGUGUUAUAAUAUAAUUGUUAUAGCAACCAGGUAUCACGUAUGCUGGUUGAGGGAACAAAUGCAAAAUUCUGUUUUCCUGGUGAUCUAGAUCUAGGGUCAGCGAACUUUUUCAGCAGGGGGCCGGUCCACUGUCCCUCAGACCUUGUGGGGGGGCCACACUAUAUUUUGAAAAAAAUAAUAAUGAACGGAUUCCUAUGCCCCACAAAUAACCCAGAGAUGCAUUUUAAAUAAAAGCACACAUUCUACUCCUGUAAAAACACACCGAUUCCCGGACCGUCUGCGGGCUGGAUUGAGAAGGCGAUUGGGCCGGAUCCGGCCCCCAGGCCUUCGUUUGCCUACCCAUGAUCUAGAUUCAUUUGAAUGGAUGGGUGGAAUUCACCUUCUCCUUCAGGCUUCGCUCCUGCCUCAUCUGCAGUAGGCAGACUGUGAUUAGGGGGUUUCUUCUUCCAGGGCUGCGGUCGUAACGUAAGGAGAGUGUCAUGGCUGCCUUGGCAACAACACCCUCUCCAACAGACAGGUCCAGCUGGAAGAAAUGUGUACCUAUGUGUUGUGCUUGCAAGAUCAGCCCUCUGCAAAAUCCGCUGGUUAUCGGAGCUGCUCCAUAGAAGCUGUAGCCAAGUUUUGCUAUGCCAUGUUUCUGGCAAACGACUACCAGAUUUUGCCUGGUAUAAACCAAUGUCUGUAACGCUCGCGUAGGAAACAGUAAACUGCAUAUUACUCUGGA